UAACAAUAAUAGGUUACGAAGGGACGAAAAAUGUUAUCAACCAUAAAACUGUAUCAAAAUCGUCAAGUAAAUAAGCGAUAAGCAAAUGAUAGCCAAGAAUUUUUUGACUUAUUAAAUGUAGAAGGGAAACAAUUCGGCAAUAUGGGAAUAUGAGGUUCUGAAGUUCAGGAACUUAUUCCGUAUUACUUACAAUAAUUGUUAAUGAUAAUAAUAAAACCAUACAACAAUUGGUCAAAUUGUAAUUUGUUUACACGAUCAAAUAAAUUGACCAUCAAGAACAAAAUGUGGUUGGACGAAGAAGAUGAAAAUGAGGAAAAAAUACCAUGGUGGAAGAUUUGGAAAAGGAGACGCUAUUUGGUGGCAUGUUUGGCAUUCUUAGGAUUUUGUAAUAUUUACACCCUUAGAGUGAAUUUGAGUAUAGCAGUUGUGGCAAUGACAGAAAAUAAGUCUGUUAUAUUAGAAAAUGGUACAACAAUAUAUAAGCCAGAAUUCGACUGGAAUUCGAAACAAACAGGACUUUUACUUAGUUCCUUCUUCUUCGGAUAUAUUACGACUCAAUUUGUUGGUGGAUUCAUAGGGGCAAAAGUUGGAGGCAAAAAGGUUUUCGGUCUUGGACUACUUGUAACAGCAAUCCUUACACUAUUAACUCCAUUAUUAGCCAAACUAAGUUAUGAAGUUUUGUUGGCUGUUCGAAUUGUUGAGGGAGUGUUUGAAGGAGUUACAUAUCCUUGUAUACAUGCAGUUUGGGCCAGAUGGGCUCCACCAUUGGAGAGAAGUCGCCUUGCCACGAUAGCAUUUGCUGGAAGUUAUGUGGGAACAGUAAUUGCGAUGACCACAGGGGCACUUUUAGCGAAUGCGUUUGGUUGGGAAAGCAUUUUUUACGUAUUUGGUGUUAUUGCUGUGAUAUGGUUUUUGGCGUGGUGGUUUAUUGUAGCCGAGUCUCCCAGUGAAGAUCCGCAUAUAAGUAAAAAAGAACUAAAGUACAUUCUUAAAGCUCUAGGGGAUAGAAAUCAAAAUAACGUAAAGCACCCUUGGAAAGAUAUACUCUCGUCUGCACCAGUUUGGGCUAUUAUUGUAUCCCAUUUUAGUGAAAAUUGGGGAUUUUAUACCCUUCUCACACAAUUGCCGAAAUUCAUGAAAGAGGCCUUACAUUUUGAUUUGGCAUCAAGUGGUGUUAUGUCUGCACUCCCUUACUUGGCCAUGUCCAUUUUUACGCUUAUUUCUGGUUAUUUGGCUGAUAUGUGCCUUGAAAGGAAAUAUCUAACAACAACGCAAGUAAGGAAGUUGUUUAAUUGCGGUGCCUUCCUUGCCCAAACAGUUUUUAUGUUAUGUGCUGGAUUUCUGUUGUCACCAGUUGUAUCCAGUAUAUGUUUGACAUUAGCAGUAGGUCUUGGAGGAUUCGCGUGGUCAGGAUUCAGUAUUAAUUAUUUAGAUGUGGGACCUGCACAUGCAAGUGUAAUAAUGGGCAUUGGAAAUACCUUUGCUACAGUUCCUGGGAUCAUAAGUCCUGCUUUAACUGGGUUUUUAGUAGUUGACGGCAGUCCGUCAGAAUGGCGUAAUGUGUUCUACAUAGCGGGCGGAGUUUACCUUUUCGGGAGUAUAAUUUAUGGGUUCUUUGCGUCCUCAGAGUUGCAACCAUGGGCAUGGGAGUCACAAACUUUGAAUCCCUCUUCCAAAAAAACUAAAGGAGUGGAAAAUCAAGGAUACGUAUCCGAAACAUGAACAAAAACAAUAACAGAGUAAUUUUCUCAAAUUUAAGUGAAUGUAUAGUAUUAAUUUAUUGAAUUGUUUAUGAAGAUUAGUAAAAAAAUUGAAUGCUUGUCUGUACAAAUAAAAACAAAAGAUUGGUAUCUAAACCAAUAAAAAAUAAGAACGUAACUGCAUUUUUUGCGAACGACCCCUAA